AUGGUCGCUACGAUUCGCGCUCAUCGCAUCACCCACCGCCACCUGGAGCGGGAGACACCUGGCGCAAUCCAUGGCCCGAGGACCGUGAGUACCGACGCCAUUCUAGCCGAUCGCGAUCCCCUCCGCGGCAUCUCGACCAUUAUGAUUCUUACAGAGGAGCCGAUGCAGGCCGUAGAUCCGGAGCCUUCGAUGGUUACAGACCCGAUACCCGACCGCCCCAAGGCGACUUCACUUUUCGGAUGGAUAAGCCCUCCGGGCAACGAUCGACGGAGAGCUGGACGCGCUCGUGGAGGACCCUACCGUGGUCGUGGUCGAGGCGCAUACCAAAAGAUCAUCCCGGCCGAGCGCGAGCUUUUGCGCGCCCGACGUGAUGGAGUCGACGAGAACCUGGUCGCCGAGGGCGAUGGUGGCAUAGUCUACAGAGACAUUGACGAGCUAUCAGAUGACGAAGAGGCCGAGAUGGAUAUUUCUGACAACUCGGACGAUGAGUCGGGAGAGCCUUCCAGCAAGCGCGCGCGCCGUUCUGGCAACGACGAAUCGGGCAACAGCGUCCCCAAGUGGUCCAAUCCAGAUCCAUACACAGCCUUACCCCCACCCGACGCUGCUGAGCGCAAGAAGAAGGAUAUGGUCAAGAUGAUCCGGAAGGCGCGAGUGGAUGAGACUGCUGCCGACAAACUUGCCGCCAGCACUGAGGCAGAGGAGUUCAUAUCCUUCGACCUUGAUGAACCUGGCGACCACGACGACGCCGAAGAGGAAGAAAUCAUCCUCCCUCCUUCCGAGUCACCCUCUCCUCCCCCUCCGCCGCCUCCGGGCCCUGCACCCCCUGUGCAGCCCUCUUCGAACUCUGCCAGAGAGCCUCCCUCUGGACCCCGGGCAGAUCGCGACAACCGACCUGCCACCAACGGAUCGGCUGUUUCAACAGCCCCAUCUACGCCCGCGAACAACAAGCCAUCGAGCCUGCCUCCCAAGCCUCUUAUGGCCGACGACGCCUUGGGCUCACGGAAGCGCACUGCCGACGACCACAUUAAGCCUCCUACAUAUGGUCCUCUGAAGAAGGUUAAUAAGAUGCCAGUUGGCGGCGCCAUCUUGCCAGACUGGCAAGUCAUCAAGGACGAGGAUCCCACACCCUGGGUCCAGACCGAUCAUUCCAAGACUUCUGAUUUGAGUGUUUGGCUCCAUAAGGAAAUCGUCGACUUUUACGAGGUCGUUCGACCCCGCGACUUUGAGCAUGAGAUGCGAACCCAGCUCGUGGAGCGACUCCGCAGAUCUCUUAGAACUAGUCAAUUCUAUAGAGACUGUGACGUCCGCCCCUUUGGCUCCUACAUGUCGGGUCUGUAUCUCCCUACAGCUGACAUGGACUUGGUUGUCUGUGCGCAGAGCUGGCUCAACGGUGCUCAUUCCAACUUCUUCGGUAUCAAGGCGUUGAGAAACUUUGGCAAGUUUCUCUCCCAAAAGAAGGUCACCCAAUACAACAGCAUGGAGUUCAUCGCUAGUGCCAAGGUACCCCUCGUCAAGUACAUUGAUAACAUCACUGGACUCAGAGUUGAUAUCUCCUUCGACCGCCUCGACGGGCCGCAAGCUGUCAAGACUUUUGCGGAGUGGAAGGAGCAGUACCCUGCUAUGCCUAUUCUCGUCACCAUGAUCAAGCACUUCCUCGCCAUGCGCGGGCUGAACGAGCCUGUCAAUGGAGGCAUUGGCAGCUUCACUGUCACCUGCAUGGUCGUCAGCAUGCUGCAGCUCAUGCCUCAGGUCCAGAGCCGCAACCUCAUUCCCGAGCACCACCUUGGUGAGAUGCUCAUGGAGUUCUUCGACCUUUACGGAAACAGGUUCGACUAUGUGAACACAGCAAUCCGCAUGAACCCUCCAGGCUACAUGCACAAGGCUCGAGUCCGUGAAGUUGUUUACAAGAACACGGACCGCAUCUCCGUCAUUGACCCCAACAACCCUGCCAAUGACAUCUCCGGCGGCUCCAGCAACGCCGGCCGGAUUUUGGAAGAGUUCAGCGUCGCGCACAAGAUGCUGAAGAAGAGGAUGAACGAGCUUGCUCAGCAGGGGUCCCGCGCCAAGAGAUCUUCAAGCAUCCUUGAGACCAUCUACGCCGGUAACUACUCUUCGUUCCGUCUCCAGCGUGCGCAUCUCCGCCAGUUGUAUGACUCCAGAUGA